AUGGAGUCUCCCGACAAUGGCACCGCCGAUGCCACCCGCCGCCUCGCCGCCGCCGAGCAACGGAUCGAUGAGCUCACGGCACUGGUGAAGCGACUCGAGGCGCAGAACAGCGUGACGACGACAGCGCGCAGCGUGCCGACCCGGCGCGCAAGCUCGAGUUCGGCGUCGGGUGAGGGCUUGGGCACAUGCUCGGACUCCUGCUCGUCGGCGCUGACGGCGUCGUCGUUGGACGGCGAUGACGAGACUGCGCACUCGGCCGCCAAGUCGCUGCUCGGAUCGACGGCGUCGGUGGCCGACGAGGAGGCCGCAGCACCUCCGCCGUGCGCCAGUGAUUCCGCCCGGCAUCGCCGCGGUGGUGUUUCAAACGUGUCGUACGUGGCUUUUGUGGCGGUUGUGGCCGCGGUGAUCGAGGUCAUCGCGCUCGUUGUGGCUCACGCCUCGUACCUCGGCAAUGUUCUUAUGGUGGCGAUGGUGUACUGGUGGCUGGUUCCAGGCCUUGCGGCCUCGUUCUACUUUUUCCGGUACAUGCAGAAUCGGCCCGACGAGUUUGCCGAUCGCAUCACCUACCUUGUGGUUGUUGGCGUGCUCUCGCUCGCGCUGGCGACCGCGGUUUGCGUCUCGGGCUUUGUGUGGCCGGUAGUGUGGGACGUGAGCAUCAACAACCGGGUGGCAUACGACAUUUCUGUCGACAACGUCGACGCGUACGGCAACGCCAAGGCGUUCACCUUUACCGAUGCGGUACUCCUCACCGAGUUCACCCGCUCGACCGGCGGCGAGCAGCCGAUUCUUGUGGCGCCGCUCGUCUCGCGCGCCGCGGUCGACGCCGCCAACGGCACCCGCCCUAUCGGCCCGGUCAACGUCUGGGUCGUUGCAAGUAAGUUCUCCGACCUUGCUGUCGACUACAGUGGUGGAUACGUGGCGUCAGGCCUAACACGGUCGCGGAUCGAGGACGCGGCGCGGGUGGCGGUCGGCACCAGCCAAGGCGCACUCAUCGGCCCCACGACCCGCCCGCUUAUCCUCAAAUGGCGGAAUCCCAAGGCGUACGUGACCAAGUUUACCACCAUCUUUGUCGCCACCAACGUCGUCUGCUGGUUGCUCUACCUCCUUCUUGCUAUCCCGCUCUCCAUGGCCAUCAACAUGGUGCAUCCAAUCGUGACGACCUGAAGUGGUGGCGAUGACGGUUGCGACCGCGACGAUAGCAAUGAUAACACCAUCUCCUUCUCCCG